AUCGUAGACCAACUAGAAGACUUUACUUCUAUUUUGGUCCACAUACAUAAAACAAUGACAACAACAAGACUUGCAUGUCUAACAAUUUGAAAGGCGUGUCACUACUUGAUAACCUUGAAUUUCGCUGUGCCGCCACACACAUUCCAAUCACCACCGCUCUCCGCCAACUUCCCGGUCAUUUUCCUUUCAAUUCGCCUCUUCUUGUUACCAACUGUCUUUCACAGGAAACCCUAAAAUUUAAAUUCUACCCUUUUGUUCAUACCACCAAUUUUUCAUCUUAACCGUUCAUUAUUAUAUUAAUAUAUAAAUCAAUUGGUCAUCAUUAAGUUAUUCUUCACCCUGAAAAAAAAAAGUAGAAUUGGAUUCCCCUGCUUAAUAUCUAUCUCUUCUUCUGCUUUGUUCUUCAAACAUUGAGGGUUCUAUAGUUGCACUUUCACAUUCUCAUGCCAUUAUCUCUUCAAAAACCCACCAAUUUUACUCACCCCGUAUCAUGGAACCUUCUCAGAAACAACCCCACAUCAAAACGAUCAAAACCCAAUUAUAAAAAUCUGAAAUUUAAAAGAGUUCAAGUUUUUUCAUCUCUUAGAACCUCUCUUGACUGUGUCUCUUCUGAUGGAGGUGUUGAGAAAGGUUUGCAGCCGAUUCGGUUGCCCUUUGUGGUUAGGAGUCCCACCAAAGUCACUAGAUUCUUCUGGAAUGGUGGCUGCUUGGAGUUAGUUGUUGUUGAUGGUGGUUCUGGUUGUUCUGAUGAGGAUGGAUUGGUGAGGGUGGUUGGUUCUGUUGUUAGGGACUUUUUUAUUCCGAGAGAUGUUACUGAGAAUUAUAUGGAUUAUGUGAAGUGGAAGCUGAUUCAUCGUGUUUUCAGUUCUGCACUUCAAGUUCUUGCUACUCAGGCAAUGUUUACAGCCAUAGGAGUUGGAUACUCCAGUUCUCUUCCAUCAGCUGCUGCCCUUAAUUGGGUCUUAAAAGACGGUCUUGGACGAUUAAGCCGAUGCAUAUACACUGCUAGCCUAGCUUCUGCUUUUGAUACUAAUUUAAAGAGGGUCAGGUUCGCCACAUCUGUUCUUUUUGUUGGAAGUAUUGGACUUGAGUUACUCACUCCUGCGUUUCCUCGAUUAUUCCUGCUGCUUGCAACUAUUGCCAAUAUUGCUAAACAAAUAAGCCUGGCAUGCUACUUAGCAACUCGGUCAGCUGUUCAUCAAAGUUUUGCAAAAGCAGACAACCUUGGAGAAAUUUCUGCCAAGGCACAGAUUCAGACAGUGUGCUUUGACAUCCUUGGUCUCAUGCUUGCUGCCCUGGUUAACAUGUGGCUUGCAAGACCACAGACAGGUCUCCAUUUCUUUGUUUAUCCCUUUUUUGCAUCUAUGGACCUUUUCGGGAUUUACCAAGGACUAAAGCAUGUCCAUCUGCAAACCUUGACUAAGGAUAGGCUUGAAAUCAUUCUAAGCACUUGGAUUGAGAACGGGUACGUGCCUUCACCGGCGGAGGUGAGCGAGAAAGAAGUAAUUGACUUUUUGGGAGUUAAAGGUAAAAGCUUGUGGCCGAUUAGAAUAGGGUGCAUAAAUCCCAAGGAUGAAAUACCACAGUGGUCAAUGAAGACGAUACAAAGCAUAACCGACGAGGAUUAUUACUUUGUAUGCACCGAGAUCUCCAAAGGAUUAAAAAGAACACGACAGCAUCGUAUUCUUCUUUCCAUCCGUGAAGGAGCCGAGGCAGUGCAUAUAAUCACGGGUUUGUUGCAGGCAUGCUACAUGAGAAGGGGUCUCGCGAACAACAUAUCAAACUCAGCACUUGAGGAGUGGCCUGUAAUUGUUGAGGAUUGCAAGAGAUAUGCAGAAAAUGAUAUAGGUAAUUUGAUUGAACAAAUGGUGGGAAUGGGUUGGGUGGUGAAGAACAUUUUAUUGUCAAAGGAAGAGCAGGGUAGAUACAGUUUUGUGUGUGAAUAAAGAUGGUUUUCAAAUUUUGGCUGGCUCCUUAGCAUCAUGGGAGUGUUUGGGGUUUACUAUUUCUUCUCUUUUAAAGAUUAACCUUAAGGAAGAAGUUAAACAUUAUAACUGUUUAUAAAAAAUGAGGUGGUGUUGGCUGUGGAGAUGAUAGCUACGUAGGUUGCAAAAUCGGUCAUGGUGGUGCUGGACGCAAAGGAGACAGAGGGCGAUGGCGGUGGUGCAAACACAUAUGUUGGAAAUGACAUAGGUCUGGCGACUUUGACGAUGGUGGUCGUGUGGUAACAACAACGACUUCAAUGUUGGCACCAACUUGCACACAUGUUUCAAUGAUCAAGAAGGGUCCUCAAACUCUCAUAUGAUCAUUAUAUAUAGUUCUACAGUUCUACGUGUUUAACAUAUUUAAUAAGUUUUGAUAUGAUCAUCAUCUGUGAUUGACAUUUUUAACAAGUUUUGAUGAUAACAAAGAAUAUCAAAAGUAAGUUAUCAUAAACAUUAUCAUGAUU